GCUGCCGUUUGUCAGUCUGCUUCCUGUCUCUGCCUUCCCUUUCCAAGUGUGCCAGCAGGGAGGAUGAAACAGUCCGACAGAGGAGCAGAGCUGACGGACGAGGACGGGACACUCUCCGCAUCGCCCAGUCCUGAGAACGGCCUCUCCGGAAUCCUGAGACUGCUGCUGCAAGAGCUGAGCCUUUUCUACAGCCGAGAUGUGAAUGGCGUGUGUCUCUUAUAUGACCUCCUCCGUUCCCCGUGGCUGCAGGCUCUGCUGAAGGUCUAUGACUGCCUCCAGAAGUUUAAAGAAAAGAAGCUCCUUCCUGCUACAACCCAUGCACAGAUCCUAUCCUGUGAGGUCUUGGAGCUAUUAUCCAAAGCCUCCAGUUCUCCUGAGAUCCAAGAGCUGAGACAAGUCCUCCAGGCUCCACACUGCAAGGCUCUGCUCAGUGCCCAUGAUACGGUAGCUCAGAAAGAUUUUGAACCUUUUCUCCCCCCGCUGCCGGACGAUAUCCCUGACAGCGAAGAAGCUAUGAGGAUCGUGUGUUUGGUGAAAAACCAGCAGCCCCUGGGAGCCACCAUCAAGCGCCAUGAGAUAACAGGGGAUAUCCUGGUGGCCAGGGUCAUCCAUGGCGGCCUGGUGGAGAGGAGCGGGCUGCUGUACGCUGGAGACAAGCUGGUGGAAGUUAACGGUGUUUCAGUGGAGGGCCUGGACCCCGAGGAAGUGAUCCACAUCCUGACUCUGUCUUGUGGUACGAUCAUGUUCAAGGUGGUCCCGGUGUCCGCCCCUCCUGUGAGCAGCCAGCAGAUGGUUUAUGUUCGUGCCAUGAUUGAUUACUGGCCCCAGGAGGAUCCUGACAUCCCCUGCAUGGAUGCCGGAUUGCCUUUCCUGAAAGGAGACAUUCUACAGAUUGUGGACCAGAACGAUGCCCUCUGGUGGCAGGCCCGGAAAAUCUCAGACCUGGCCGUCUGUGCCGGACUAAUCCCUUCUGACCACCUGCUGAAGAGGAGGCAGCGGGAAUUCUGGUGGUCUCAGCCGUACCAGCCUCACACCUGCCUCAAAUCCACCCGAUCAUUUCCUAUGGAAGAAGAAGAUAACAUGAGGAUCGACGAGAAGUGCGUGGAAGCAGAUGAGGAAACUUUUGAAUCGGAGGAACUUGCAGAAGCUAAAGAGGAGUUUGUUGGCAACGGCCAGAAGUUCUUUAUUGCCGGCUUCCGCCGCAGCAUGCGCCUCUGCCGCAGGAAGUCUCACUUCAGCCAGCUGCACGCCAACAUGGGUUGCUCCUGCAGCUGCUACAGUCCGGCGGGGGCCUCUUACGAGGAGGUGGCGAGGUACCAGCGGCAGCCGGCAGACAAGCACCGCCUCGUCGUGCUCGUGGGACCUUCUGGCGUUGGCGUCAACGAACUGAGAAGACAGCUCAUCGGGCUGAAUCCCAGCUGUUUUCAAGGCGCUGUCCCGCAUACCACCCGUUCCCCAAAGAGUUAUGAAAUGGAUGGACGUGAGUAUCACUACGUGUCAAAGGAAACAUUUGAAAGCCUCAUGUAUGGACACAGGAUGCUGGAGUAUGGUGAGUACAAAGGCCACCUGUAUGGAACUAGCGUGAAUGCUGUGCAUGCAGUCCUUGAUGAAGGAAAGAUCUGUGUCAUAGAUUUGGAGCCUCAGGAUAUUCAGCUGGCUCGAACCCAUGACCUGAAGCCCUAUGUCAUAUUUAUUAAGCCACCUAACAUGAGUUUCAUGAAACAGUCUCGGAAAAACGCUAAGAUUAUUACUGACUACUUUGUGGACAUGAAAUUCAAGGAUGAAGACUUACAAGAGAUGGAGGAUUUAGCUCAAAAAAUGGAGAGUCAGUUUGGCCAGUUUUUUGAUCACGUGAUUGUGAAUGACAACUUGCAGGAUGCAUGUGCCCAGCUGCUGUCUGCCAUACAGAAGGCUCAGGGGGAACCGCAGUGGGUACCAGAAGCGUGGAUUUCUCCUGGCACGGAGUCUUAAUCAAGUCUCCUGUUUAAAACUGGAGGCUUGGGUUUGGGGAUUUAGCUCAGUAGUAGAGCGCUUGCCCAGUAAGGCCCUAAGUUCGGUCCUCAGCUCUGAAAAUAAACUGGAGGAUUAAUAUUGUGUCCUAAGGAUCCAGUGUAACAGCUGCACUAGAAAACAGCAGCAUUGACCCAUUAGACCUGCAACUGUGACGUGCUGCAGCUUACUGUGUGGCUAUCACUAGCACUUUGUAAUCAUAGGGAACUACUUACCCAGCUCGGUCGGGUUUUUCCGUCGUCUCCCCAUAGGAACUAAUGGUAGGCAUGUGAAUAAUGCUAAGUCUCUAAUGGUGACAAUAUUCAUGUGAGAAUUACCGAUUUCAUAUGGUGUUUGUAAGAUUUAGUUUUUUAAAGUCUCUUUUGAAUAAAUUGGACAAUAAAUAGUUAAUGGCUGAAACUAUUUUACUAU